AUGGCUUCUACAAUCACAAGUGCUCCCAUUGCGCUCACCACCACAUUCACACCGCCAGCAGAUUGUUUCACGGACUCGUAUCACAUUCAAUGGUGGGAUGGCGUAAAUUAUUACACACCAGUGUCUGCCACUUACACGUGGUGGUGGGUUAGCCUUGGAGCCAGAGAUUGGAGCACAUGUUUUCCAUCGGACUUUGCCACGGCGACAACGAGCUAUUUCUCGCCGGGCUUAUGUCCAUCGGGCUAUACAGCUGCCGGUCUAACAGAAGUCUCACUCGACAGCAAUAUUGAGACAAGAGCGACCUGCUGUCCUAGUGGCUACAAUGCUCAAACUGGCGACGGCUGGCCCUGGUACUCCAGCAACCCGUGCACCUCCUCCAACACGAACUCGGACUCUGUCUACGUAUAUACAUUCAACGACGCGGUUACGAGUGAAACGGGGACAUUUGGGAUCCAGGGGAAGGGCGUUUCGAUUCGUUGGCAAUCAACCGACUUUGUGUCAGCAACAUCGACCUCAGAAACCUUGACAUCAGCAACGUCUGCAUCAACAAGUUCAAUACCAGAAGCGACUAGCACAACAGGUACUGUGGCAACUUCAACGGGCCAAUCGACGAGCAAUGGACUUUCAACCGGAGCCAAAAUUGGGAUUGGGGUUGGAUGUGGAGUUGCAGCCGUUAUAAUAAUAAUUGUGGCUCUCUUAGUCUAUCGGAGGCGCAAGUGCAGACCAGCACUAGCAUCUGAUCAGGCUAUGGCACAAAAGUACGGGCCACCCGCUGAAAUAUAUACGCGAGGAUUGGAUGUGAACAGCCCGCCAUCAGACUCCGUAUACUCGCGAUGGCAAGAUGGAAUAUCACGCUCCGGGGGCUCUGAGCUAGCGGGGUCCCAACCACCUGCAGUGGAGUUGUCAACAACUAGAGAACCCGUGGAACUGGACUCGGGAUAUAUGCCAAGGGAGCUAGACAACAUGCACCAAUUCCAGGGCAAAAGAUAA